GGUACUCUACUAUGACUGCUAAGGUGAUGAGCUGGAAUCUGUAGCUCGCUCUCAUCCAUGGCAAUUACUAAUAUCGACUUAGAACAUCUCCGAGUCUUACAGAUAUUAAUGUGAUCGGCGAUAAGCUCCGAAGACUUCCUUUCAAUGGUUGAGAUCCAAACACAUGCUCUCAUUAUUAGGGAACCUAACUAGUAUGCUGGGAUUCGUGUCAUUCUCGAUCAUCAACCCGGUAUACAUACAAUGGCACUAAGAGAUUCCGCCGCCUCUUUUCGAUGGCACUGAGAUCACAGCUCAAAGAUACGCCGGUACGAGUUGUCGAGAUUGUUCCACCGACUGUCUCAACUGACUCUCGCCGCGAAGGCGAAAACCCUGACGAUGAUUCCAAGGAAAAACAACCCUAAUACUCUCUCGUUAGAAGAGUUCAUGGAGGGGGCUUCGAAGAAGCUGGAAAAGGGAGAGGAGGUAAUCGGGGUGGGAUUGAGUGUUGAGUUGAUGCAGAAAUGGUAUGAUACUCUUAGUUAUUUGUAUUAGGUAUAAUGAGGAAGAACAUGAAUGUUGAAUGAGCAGCCACUUGAUGCUCUAAUUAUCUACAUCUGGUUGGAGAUUCUCAUCGUGAAAUGUGAUCCCGGGCUACACAUCCUUGUCUUAUGUAAUUGUCAC